GAAAAUGAACUGAAGGAUGCUGUGCAAGAAAAGAAUCGCCUGAGCCUUCAGUAUGCAAGUGUGUCCCACAAAGCACUGCAGUAUGACCAGGUGAAAUCAGACUAUGAACAUCUUAGAGAAACCCUUAUUAGAGUGACCAAAGAACGAGAUUUGGCUGUAAAGGAAAAACACCAGCUCCAAGCCAAGCUGGAGAACUUAGAGCAGGUCCUAAAGCAUAUGCGAGAGGCUGCUGAACGGCGGCAACAGCUGGAGUUGGAGCAUGAGCAAGCCUUGGCUGUCCUCAACGCCAAACAGCAGGAAAUCGAGCUCCUGCAGAAGGCUCAGGUUGAAGCUAAGAAGGAACAUGAAGGAGCAGUUCAGUUGCUAGAGGCCAAGGUCCGGGAGCUAGAGGAGAAAUGCCGGACACAGAGCGAACAGUUUAACCUCUUGUCCAAAGAGCUGGAGAGGUUUCGGCAGCAAGCUGGGAAGAUCGACCUGCUAAGCAGCAACACGGUGGCAUCCUCAGAUAUCCCUGGUUCGCCUAGUAAAUCCCUCUCCCAGUUAAUGAACGGAAUAGCCACUUCUAUAGGCAAAGGUCAUGAAAGUCCUUCUGGAAGUCGGUGUGUGAUUUCAGAGUUUAUACGACCCCUGCAGAUAUCUGGAGACAAACCAGAACAACUGUCUGUCAAACCCACAUUCCUGCCCAAGUCAAGAUCUGGUAGCACAAGAUGCAGAUUUGAUUCAGACAUGGAUAAUGAUCGGAAUUCCAAUACCUCAAAGCAGAGAUAUUCUGGGAAAGUCCAUCUUUGCAUUGCCCGUUAUAGUUACAACCCUUUUGAUGGACCAAAUGAAAAUCCAGAAGCAGAGCUCCCCCUUACAGCAGGAAAAUACCUUUAUGUAUAUGGAGAUAUGGAUGAAGAUGGCUUUUAUGAAGGGGAACUUCUAGAUGGACAAAGAGGACUAGUCCCUUCAAAUUUUGUGGAUUUUGUUCAAGACAAUGAGACCCGAUUGUCAAGCGCUCUAAGCAGUGAACAAGAUCAGAAUUUCAUCAAUCAUUCGGGUCCUACUCUGGAAGGAGAUCUCCUAGAGAUAAGUCCACCAAGUCAUAUGGACUCUAGCGUGAUCAGCAAUGGCGCAGGGACUCUGGAUGUGAAUAUAGAUGAAAUUGGAGAAGACAUUGUGCCUUAUCCUAGAAAAAUCACCCUUAUUAAGCAACUAGCCAAAAGUGUCAUUGUGGGCUGGGAGCCACCGGUAGUGCCACCUGGAUGGGGAACCAUUAGCAGCUACAACGUGUUGGUUGACAAGGAAGUACGAAUGAACAUAGCCUUGGGAAGCAGAACUAAAGCUCUUAUAGAAAAGCUUAACAUUUCUGCCUGUACAUACCGAAUAUCAAUUCAGAGCAUUACAAACAAGGGUAACUCAGAUGAACUCCAAUGCACUUUGUUAGUGGGGAAGGAUGUCAUUGUAGCCCCUUCUAAUCUGAAAGUGGAGAACAUAACCCAGAUUUCUGCUGAGCUCUCCUGGCUCCCUACAAAUAGUAAUUACAGUCAUGUGAUUUUUCUUAAUGAAGAAGAAUUUGACAUUGUCAAGGCUGCUAGCUACAAGUACCAUUUUUUUAAUUUGAAGCCCAAUAUGGCCUACAAAGUGAAGGUUAUGGCAAAGCCCCAUCAGAUGCCCUGGCAGCUUCCCUUGGAACAACGAGAGAAAAAGGAAGCCUUUGUGGAAUUUUCUACAUUGCCAGCAGGACCUCCAGCUCCACCUCAAGACGUUACUGUCCGGGCUGGGUCCACACCGGCAACUCUACAGGUGUCCUGGAAACCACCAACUCUGACAGCAACAGGGACCUCCCAUGGUGCCAACGUCACCGGCUAUGGUGUUUAUGCGAAAGGUCAACGGGUGGCAGAGGUGAUCUUUCCUGCAGCAGAGAACACAUUGGUGGAGCUAAUGAGAAUAAGGAACUUGGAAGCAAAGGAAGUUACUGUUCGAACGCUCUCUGCUCAAGGGGAAUCUGUGGACUCUUCCAUAGCUGCCAUUCCAUCUGACCUACUGGUGCCUCCAACCCCUCACCCUAGAACUGCUCCCAAAUCUAAGCCAUUAGCAAGUGCCGGAGUCCCAGAAACCAAAGACGAACAUUUAGGUCCCCAUUUAAAAAUGGAUGAGUCAUGGGAGCAGACUCGUUCGGCCUCCCCCGUUCACGGACACACGCUCGAGCCGCCUGCCCCAAACUUCCACGGGGGGAGGAGGUCUCCGUCACCCAACCGAAUACUCCCUCAGCCUCAAGGCACGCCUGUCCCAAAUACUGUCGCAAAAGCCAUGGCAAGAGAAGCUGCACAGCGAGUGGCAGAGAGCAACCGGAUGGAGAGGAGGAGUGUGUUUAGUGAGAGGAGCAAUGUAGCGCAGUAUGCGAACUCAGAUGAUGAGGAAGAUGGCUAUGAUUCUCCUAAUAUCAAAAGGAGGGGGGCUUCAGUUGAUGAUUUCCUUAAAGGGUCAGAACUUGGAAAGCAA